GACGGUAGACAGUUCUGAAGUUUGAGUGUCCAGUCUGAGUCGUCAAUAUGGAACUGCCAGAGCAGUAUCUCUGCCGCAGAAUAUUUUAUUUACUUUUGUCAUGCUUUGUAUUGGUUUGUUCCACGGAAAAUGUAAUCGACACGAGCAAAUACCACAGGUAUGACGAUAUAGUAUCUUUGUUUACAUCGCUCCAUGCUCAGUACCCGGACAUAACCAAACUUCACAACAUUGGAAGCAGUGUCCAGGAAAGACAGCUUCUCGCCAUUCAGAUUACAGAUAACGUGAACAUUUCGGAACCAGGAGAACCCAUGUUCAAAUAUGUUGGCAAUAUGCACGGAAAUGAAGCUAUUGGUCGAGAGGUUUUGAUCUACUUGACUCAGUAUUUGUUGUUCAAGUAUGAGGAAGGUGAUGAGCGAGUGAAAAAGUUGGUCGAUUCCACAAAUAUCUUUAUCAUGCCUUCCAUGAAUCCAGAUGGGUUUGAGAAGGCUAAAAUCAAUGACUGUAUGGGAGUUGGUGGUAGAGGCAAUUAUUAUAACGUUGACUUGAACCGGAACUUCCCAGAUCAGUUUGGAGGAAACAAGGAGAAAGUUCAGCCCGAGACCAAGGCGAUUAUUGAUUGGAUAGAGAGCAACCCCUUUGUGCUAUCGGCUAAUCUCCAUGGAGGUAGUGUGGUAGCUUCAUACCCCUAUGAUGACAGUAAAAGUCAUAGACAUGGCACGUACAGUGCUGCUCCUGAUGAUGCCAUGUUCAGACUUCUAGCUCACACUUACGCCAACAAUCACCUGACAAUGAGCAAACAGGAACGUCCGUGUUCGGGGGAUUUCUUCAAAGAUGGUAUCACUAAUGGUGCACAGUGGUAUGAUGUACCAGGUGGGAUGGAGGACUAUAACUACCUGCACAGCAACUGCUUUGAGAUCACUGUGGAACUGUCGUGCUGUAAAUACCCACCGGUGAACCGCUUGCCGAUCGAGUGGGACAACAACAGAGAGAGCCUGCUUGCUUACUUGGAGAUGGUACACAUUGGCGUCAAAGGUUUUAUCACCGAUGCUGAAACAGGACAAGGCAUUGAGAACGCCGUGGUGAUGGUGGAGGGCAUAGCGCACAACGUGACCUCGGCCCAGUUCGGUGACUUCUGGCGAUUGCUCACACCGGGAACGUACUCCCUACGCUUCGUGGCUGACGGGUAUGAGGACACCGUGCAGAAGGACAUAGUAGUACCCAGCGGAGAAGGAGUCUCUGUCAACGUAACCCUCAGUCGGAAGGGAAAAGCAGUAGCCAUGCCGAGCGCUACCUCAAAAGGGCCGGAAGAGAAACUGGAGACGACAAAGGAACCAGUGGUCACUGUACCGAAGGGUGAACCGCUUGACCGACUAAUGACUUACCUAGAUGGCCUCAAAGACUUCAGCCACCACUCCAGCACACACUUCAAAGAGCCCUCCGAGUUCGUCCACCACAACUUUCAAGAGAUGACCAAGUUCUUGCAGGACUUGGCCGACAAAUACCCGGCCCUGGCCAAGCUCACUUCCAUCGGCCAGUCCGUCCAAGGUCGCGACCUGUGGGUCCUGGAAAUCACGGAGAACCCCGGCCAACACAUGCCAGGUACGUGCCUGUAGGAUGUUAGCGGCAUCCGAGGGCGCGCCAACGCCAACCUGGUGGACCUGAACCGCAACUUCCCUGGCCUCUUCCACAACACGUCAGUCAAUGAGAGGCAGGAGCCCGAGACUCUGGCGGUGAUGCGCUGGAGCCGCUCGCUCCCGUUCGUCCUCUCGGCCAACCUGCACGGCGGCUCCCUCGUCGCCAACUACCCAUACGACGACUUUGAGCAGGAGACGGGACACGGGGCGUUUUCUCCCUCGCCCGACAACGCUGUGUUCAAACAGCUGGCCGAGGCCUACUCUCUGGUGCACAAAGGCGUCCGCGGCUUCAUCACGGACAAGCAGACUGGCAUGGGCAUCUUCAACGCCAGCGUGAUGGUGGACGGAAUCGAGCACGAGAUCUUCUCAGCACGCGACGGAGACUUCUGGAGGCUUCUCACCCCGGGCACCUACUCUGUCAGCGCCACGGCCCCUGGCUACGACCUGCAGACGAUCACGGUGCGCGUGACCUCGGGCGCGGCGGUCCCGGUGAACUUCACGCUGGAGCGCUCCAGCUGGUCGGAGGACCACGACUUUGACAUCAAGGAGAACAUGCGGGGGCACGCGUACAUGUCGCCGCACGCCAUCGUGGAGACGCUGGGAUACCUGGCGCGCACCAACCCGUCCGUCGCAGCCUAUGAAGUCCUGGCGGAGUCGAGCGACCGGGAAAAUCUGCCCAUGCUGCAUCUGACCAAGGAACUGGGCUCCCCGGGUGGAGGUUCGGACGGUUUGCACCGCGACGACCGACCACACGUCCUCCUGGUGGCCGGGAUCAACGGCGAUGCUCCGGUCGGCUCGGAGGUGCUGGUCAGACUGGCCCGUCAUCUCAUUACAGGCUUCAACCGCGGGGAGCCCGGGGUGACCUCCAUACUCAGCACGUCGCACGUACACAUCCUGCCGCGUGUCAACGGCCACAGCACUGCGGCGCACCCCGGGGAUUGCAGCGGGGUCAACUACACGGGCCCUCGUUUUAAUGACCUGGUGGAGAGCAAGGACCCUGUGGUGGCCGACCUGACCAGACUGAUCGCCCUGCACCAGUUUGACCUCAUUCUGAACGUAGACGCUGGCGGCAAAUUUAUUGUCAUCCCCCGCAACGUCCUGGCCAGCAGCGAAAUGAGCGCGGCCUCGGCUCUGACGGACGACGAGGACGUCCUGCAGAUGCUGGCGCACAGUUUUGCCGAGGGCAUGACGGAGGUGUACCACGGCGACGCCUGCCCCGGCGCCAGGCACUCAGGCAUUGUGCAUGGCGUGGACAUGGGCAGGGAGGCGAUAGCUCUGGGCGACAGUGUGUACGGGCAGUAUGGAACACUCAUGCUGAGUACUCACGUUGCAUGUUGUAAGUACCCGGCGGCUUCAGAGAUUCCGGGCGUGUGGCGGGUGUCCCUGCAGCCCAUCCUCAAUGUGCUGUCCUCAGCCAUGCAAAUCGGUAAGAGCACCAUGGGUCAGACUCUGUGGAUGCUGCGUCUGGGGCACGGUCAUGUGACGGAGCGCGUGCCGCCGAGCGUGAUGUUCAUCGGGGGCCUGCACGGGGACGAGGCGGUGUCCAGCGAGGCGCUUCUCAUGCUGGGGACUCACCUGUGCUCUCAGUACAGUCGCAACGAAUUUGUACGGCAGAUGCUUGACUCGAUGUACGUGUACAUGGUCCCGGCCGUGAACGUCGACGGAGCCCGUGUGGCCGUGGAAGGGUUCUGUGAGGCGGGAAUGGGACACAACAACUCGCAGAACGUCGACCUGGACAAGAACUUUUUCCCUGGGGACGAGUACAGACAGGUGGUGGAGCAGCCUGAGACGAGGGCGGUGAAGAAAGCCAUGGAGGCCGCCAAGCCGUCGUUUGUGGUGAACGUGAGGGCCGGGAACAACGUGGUCAGCUACAUGGGGCCGGCAGACAGAGCGGUGGCCAAGGCUUUCGUCAACAGCCGAGAUGUGAGCGAUAAAGACAGCGCUGGCUGCGGUAAACAGACAGGUGAGUGUCUCAUGCCAUUGGUCGACUUGAUUAAUAGAUAGCACCAGCUGGGCCCCCGUUCGAUGAAUGGAUUG